ACAGUAAUUUUUCAACAGCGAACGGAAUAAGACGUCUAGACUCUAUUACAACUAAAGACGAGAACUAUUGAAACCUAAACAUAUCACGCUGACUUAUAGACAAAAAGUCAAAUACUAUUUUUUGUGUACUUAAAACGUUCCUCAAUUUUCCACAGUAAUCAAAGUAUCAAAUCCACAUAUAACAAAAUGUCCGGACGCCGCGUUACAAUUAACACACGCGUUUCUCGCGCUUCCACAUCGACACCAGUCGGUGGCGCCUCGACGUCAUCGGGUGGACGCAUUGGUGCCACAAGUCCCACCAGUCCCACGCGGACGACACGCCUCCAGGAGAAGGCUGAGCUGCAGCAUCUGAACGACCGUCUCGCCUGCUAUAUUGAUCGCAUGCGCAAUCUGGAGAACGAGAAUGGCCGACUGACCCAGGAGUUGCACAUUGCACAGGAGACAGUCAAUCGUGAGACCUCGAACAUUAAGGCGGUCUAUGAAAAGGAAUUGGCCGCUGCACGCAAGCUGCUCGAUGAGACCGCCAAGGAGAAGGCCAAGCUGGAGAUCGAUAUCAAGCGUUUGUGGGAGGAGAACGACGACUUGAAGCUAAGACUCGACAAAAAGACGAAGGAAGCCACCGUCGCAGAGAACAACGCCAGUCUCUAUGAAUCUCGCUACAAUGAAGUCAAUGGCAAAUACAAUGCGGCACUCGGGGAUCGCAAGAAGGCCGAGGAUCAGCUGAGGGAAUUGUCAGCCGAAAAUGAUCGCUUGCGUCGUCAGCUCGACGAUCUGCGCAAACAACUCGAGGCCGAGACAUUGGCCCGUGUCGAUCUGGAGAAUCAGAACCAGAGUCUGCGCGAGGAGCUGGCGUUCAAGGAGCAAGUGCACUCACAGGAGCUGACCGAGACGCGUUCGCGUCGCCAGAUCGAGAUCAGCGAGAUCGAUGGCCGCCUGACGCGUCAGUAUGAGGCUAAGCUGCAGCAAUCGCUGCAAGAGCUGCGCGAUCAGUAUGAGGCACAAAUGGCGCGCAAUCGCGAAGAGAUCGAGCUGCUGUACGACAACGAGAUACAGAACCUCAAGGCGGCCGCCAGUCGUGCCUCGCAAGGUGCGCUCCAUGCCUCCGAGGAGAUGCGUCUCAUGCGCGUUAAGGUCGAUGAGCUGCACGGCAAGCUGCAUGAUCUGGAGAAUACCAACAAUGCGCUGAAUGCACGCAUUCGCGAGCUGGAGAAUCUCUUGGACACGGAGCGUCAACGCCACAAUCAGUACAUUGCUUCGUUGGAGUCUGAUCUGCAGCGUUUGCGCGAUGAGAUGGCCCAGCAGCUGCAGGAAUACCAGGACCUGAUGGACAUCAAGGUCUCGCUGGACUUGGAGUUGGCCGCCUACGACAAGCUGCUCGACGGCGAGGAGCGUCGCUUGAACAUCACCUCACCGGGACGUCCCACCACCGAUUCGGGCAUUGCCAGCGGAUCGGAGCACUUGACAGCCAGCGCUGGCUCCCGGUCGGGUCGUGUUACGCCCAGUGGACGUCGUUCGGCUACUCCUGGCAUUUCGGGUUCGGGUGCUGUGAAGCGUCGUCGCACGGUGAUCGAUGAGAGCGAGGAUCGCACGCUGUCCGAGUACUCGGUGAAUGCGGCAGCCAAGGGUGAUCUCGAGAUCAUUGAGGCCGAUACAGCGGGUCGUUUCAUCAAGCUGCACAACAAGGGCAGCGAGGAGAUCCACUUGACGGGUUGGCAAUUGACCCGCAUCGCUGGCGAUGAGGAGCUUGCCUUCAAGUUCUCGCGCGGCUCAAAGAUCUCCGGGGGCGCAACGGUGACGAUUUGGUCGGUGGACGCUGGCAGUGCGCACGAUCCACCAAACAAUCUGGUGAUGAAGAAGAAGUGGCCGGUGGCCAACUCAAUGCGCUCGAUCCUGGCCAACGCCGACAAAGAGGUGAGAAUCCUGUCGAUGUACAACACAUGCGGCACGUGUGACAUUUGCCGCCACUGCAGACAUCUCGAGUUUGUGCUCGACCAGAUGUUGCCAGCUACGACCGUGUCCGUGCAAACGUUUCCAGUCAUGCAUCGCGUCAUCGCAGCAGCGGAACGCCCAGCACCGGGUUUGGCCUCGGUUCCGGAGCUGGCUCCACUGGCGUAAGGAGUCUCUUCUCGCUGCUCUUCUAGAGGAAGCACUUCAAGCAAACAGCUACACACAGCCACAUCCACACACACAUGGACACACACCCACAUACUCUCAUAGUCAACAAUUCAUAGGAAAGAAUAGGAUUAGCAGCUCGAAGGCAGCAGCAGAUGGAAGGAAGAGGAGGAGGAGGAGAAGUGAAGACAUGAUACACUUUGGAAUCUGCUUUUAUAUGCAUCAUCAAUGCAAUUUGUAAUGUACAACACAAUAUUGUCCGAUUUUACAAGACUCUUUUCAAUAUGCUUAAGAUAUGUUUGCAGCA